AUGAAGUUCAGUCCCCAGGACACAUUCAUUGAUAAAGAUGAGAAUGGUGUCGUCCGUAGCCUGGAGCACCUGGAAGCGCCAUAUAUGGCGGACGUAUCCUCGAUCGAGGGUGAUGCUGUGAGCGUCAGCCAGCAAUACCUGAGGGAUGCUGCGGCAAUCUACGGAAUACCGGAGGUCUUCCUCAACGACCUCGACACAAACGCUCUGUCGCAGCCAGAACUGACGGAUCGUUCGACACCCGCACUCAACCUGGCCGGAGACCCAAGACCACGGCACAAAUGCACGAUGGUGUCCUACCAGCAGACUGUUCUCGGCUUACCCAUUUGGGAAGCUGGUUUCAGCAUCACCCUGGACGAGGACAUGAAUGUUGUCAGUUCCCUUAGCACCAUUGAACAGAGCGUCAAGACCAGAAGCCCUAAGCGAGAUGCUGUGGCCCGCGAUGCGCUGGAUGAAAAGCGUCUUCGCCAAAUCCUAGGGAUCGAAGAAACACAGCCGAAGGUCACUAUCAACGCACAGCGUCUCUUGGUAUACAAGUACGAUUCCAGCAGCCGACUGGAUACUGAGGAAGAUGAGACCCGAGAGUCUGGCGUGGAUGUGGCAGUCCCAACCCUCGAGCUCCCACCUGUCCGAAGCAGCAUUGAGGCCGGUGCCUUCUAUGUUUGCAGAGAAGUCUUAUUCACGUGGCCGCUGCCUAACUUCGGAGACAUUAACUGGAGAGCCUUUGUGGAAGUUGAUACUGGGAGUGUCGUUUACCUGCGUGCAUUGAUGGCUUCCAUCCAUGCGUAUGUAUACACCAUGGACCCUUUCACCCGCCUCGGUGCUACUGGACCCCCCGCUUCUGCGCCACUGGCCCAGCUUGAUAAUGCUAGAGAAUGGAAGGAGCUUCCCGCAGUGACUGCAUCUUCCCCACAGCAACUGACCGGCCGCGUGCCCACUGAUGGUUUUGCUGCGAGCAAUGCUUACUACCAAAUGGCACGCCUGUUCAAACUCGUGGAAGAGCUGGGGUUUGAUGUGAGGAAGCUAUUUGAUAGCACCGCUCCCGACUCCCAAUUCCCUCUCCCAGUGGACCAUCGUGGGUUCAGCAAUGCUGUGAACGCGAAGGCGCCGGGAAACACCAAGGGAGAUGGCUCUGGGGGAUUCAUCUUCGGGCUGGCCGCUGCUGGCACGUCCGUAGGCAUGGCCUCGGAUUUCCGUGUGGCCGCACAUGAAUUCUGUCAUGCUCUCCUCUGGGAAGCUGUCCAUAGCCCGAACUUCGGGUUCGCCCACAGUGCCGGUGAUGCGCUCGGCUCCAUUUUCUGCGAUCCGGUGAACAAGCACCCCGAUCGAUUCAAUUCUUUCCCGUGGAUCACGAUCGGUCGCCGACAUGAUCGUUCGAUCGCCAAUGGCUGGGCCUGGGGAGGCACUCAGGACCGCGGAGGGUAUCUGAGCGAGCAGAUUCUCAAUACUAGCCUGUUCCGAGCCUACCGAUGCCUUGGUGGUGACUCAGCCGAUGUUAUCCGUCGCAAGUGGGCCUCUCGAUACAUGCUUUACCUGAUCAUUGCGGGAAUCGCAUCGUUGGCCACCAGCCCCAUCACCCCCACUCAAACUCCGGUGCCGUACGUGACUGCCAUGAUGCUGGCAGAUCGGGGUGAAGUCCUAGGAUUCCCAGGAGGCGCGGUUAGAAAGGUCAUCCGCUGGAGUUUCGAAGAACAGGGGCUCUAUCAACGCCCGGGUGCCCCGACUCCGGUCACCACGAGAGGUGCUCCUCCUGCUGUGGAUGUGUAUAUCGAAGAUGGACGGAACGGUGGUUAUAACCACGCCGUUACCUGGGACCAGGCACCUGGCGUCUGGAACCGGCGGGCGGCGGAUUCCGGGACGGUGCAUCAGAAUCCGCUCAAGGGUGUUGCCAACUUCUGUUAUGUUCGGGUGCGAAAUCGUGGGACGUCGACGGUGCCUUCCGUUCGGGUUAACGCGUAUCACCUGACCGACGUGGCGGCAACCAGCUGGCCAGACGGAUUUGAAUCCACUACUACUGGCCCCAUUACCGUGACGAAUAUUGCACCUGGUGGCAGCAGGUUGGUCGGUCCAUUUGAAUGGAUUCCUCUGCAUAACGCUCCUCGAGACCGCCUCAUGGUCUCGGCCACUGCAGUGGGCGACCGGUCCAACAUCGAUCUAGCCAGCGGGUUAGCUUGUGCCCGUGGUCCCAUUGAAAUCGACAGAAUCGUCCCGUUUGACAAUAAUAUUGCCCUUCGUACAAUGACUAUUGCUUAA